UCUGAUUGCUUAAACAGUAAUAAUGAUUCCUGUAGCACAAUUUCUAAAAUUAUUAAUAGUUGUAGAAAAACUAUUCACUGAGUUUGCAAAAUUAAAAGCACAAACACUGCUUUGCACACAGUUUGCACUUUUAUAACACACAAUUUGCAAAUGUAUAAAUACAAUCUAAUCCACAGCACUCCUUUUGCAGAACUGUAAACACAACUCAGUACUUUACACACAAUUUCCAAAUUAUCAGAACACUCCUAGUAAAACUAUACACAUUUAUGGACAUUUUUUACACUUUUUGUGUAACUGUUUGACCACACUGCACAUGUGAAAACAGUUUUAUAUAAUUAGUUCACUUUGCAAUCAGCUUGAGCACUAUAAAUAAGCCACAGGUAAGCUUUCAAUGUGGAGAACAAUGGAGGGCAGACUGAGAAGAGUGAGAAUUAGAGGAGGGCGAGGAAGAGGAAGAGGACGAGGACGUGAAGGAGCAGGUGGAAGAGGAGGAGGACAAAGACUAGGAGGUGAAUUUAGAGGAAGAGGACAAGGAGGUGAAGAGGAAGGAGGAAGGAUAAGAAGAAUCAGAAUUCCUGAUGACAUCAGAGCAACAAUAGUAGACCAUGUAAUCAACCAUGGAAUGACCCUAAGGGAAGCUGGCCAACGGGUUCAGCCUAACCUCAGCCGCUACACUGUAGCAAGUAUCAUAAGGACAUUUCGAAAUGAGAAUCGAGUUGCUAGAAAUCCAGCAUCUGGGGGCAGACAAAGAAUGUUCACUGAAGAACAAGAGACUCAUAUAGUCAAUAUGGUGUUGGCCAAUAAUUCCAUUAGGCUGCGAGAAAUACAGCAGCGCAUAAUAGAGGAUACCAUCACAUUCCAAAACAUAAACAACGUGAGCAUCUCUGCAUUAUCUCGUGUACUGGCACGAAAUAGAAUAAGAAUGAAACAAAUUUACAGAGUCCCUUUUGAAAGAAACAGUGAGCGCAUAAAACAACUGCGAUAUGAAUAUGUUCAGGUAAGCUAUAAUAUCAUUGGUACUGAAUGUGGAAGUCCAUCCUGUAGUGCUGUGUAUGAACCUGCUGUGCUGCAUUUGUUUUGUCUUUUCCAGAGAGUGAUGGAGCUAGAGGCAGAUGCCAUGGGUCAUGAACUGAUUUAUGUAGAUGAGGCAGGUUUUAACCUAACUAAAACAAGGAGACGUGGCAGGAACCUUAUUGGACAACGUGCUAUAAUCAAUGUGCCAGGACAGCGUGGUGGUAAUAUAACUAUGUGUGCAGCUAUGAGUCAAAAUGGUGUUGUGCACCAUCAUGCAAUCCUGGGCCCAUAUAACACUGCACACAUUAUUACAUUUGUCACGUUCUGGGAGUAA